CCUAUGUGCUAAAUGAAAUGUCUGUUUGUUAAAACCACGCAGUCCAUAUCUGGCACAGGCCUUAAUCGUUGUACAAAAAGCAGGAAAAAUGCUUUAUCUGUUAUAACCAGUGCAAUGUGUAACGGUUCUCUUGAUGGCAGAGAUGUAUUUAUUUUGCUCAGUGUAAUGGGGACAAUGUCAUAUGAGAGAAACAAGACUAUGAGCAUCGAAGCAUCAAGGCAAUCAGUCAGGUUCUGAUGGUUUAUCUGUGCAUCAUUUCACUGAACGUGAAAAGCAACAAAGUUAAAGCCUUGAGAGGAAGUGCUAUUCUAGUGUGUGAUCUGCAUGAAAACAGAAGCUGUAAGGCAGUAGCUUUGAGAAGCUCAUGUUUGAUCUACCCAAAUAAAUCAACUCUGAAGGGAGGUUUUCAAACCAAAUCAUAACGUCACUCAACACAAAAACACAGAAUAACCCCAAACCACCACGUGCGCGGUAGGAAAAAUCUGACUUGACGUCAGUGUCCAUAUGAGGAUUGACGGCCGGUACAUAUAUGGUCGUUCCGCCUGUGACGUUGUUCCUUCUGUGGAAAACAAAGGCGGGGCCGUGGAGACCGCGCCCCUUUCACAGCUGUUAUCAAUGAAGAAGUGAAACUCUCAAUCUACAGCUGAUUUUAACAGAGGACAAUUCAACAAGUGCUCUCUAGAUACAUUUUUAGUAGAUUUUAAUAUCAUCACCAAAAGUAUCUUCAUCAACUGAAUUCCCACUGGAAGAAGCCUGGUUUAUUGUUGUUGCGAAGAACAACGAGUUUAUUAUUUAUUUUUUUAAAUAAUUUUGAACUCAUUCAUUUCAGUCAUGACAUCAAGCAUUGAGCCUUUGGAGAUAAGUAGCAAUGAGUUGGUUCACAUCCUGAGGACCCCCCGGGAGCAGUACACCUCUGCUGGCUGUGUGGUGCUCGACUGCAGACCGUUCCUCAACUUUUCCUUUGAGCACAUUUGCGAGUCUCGAAACGUCAACUGGAACUCAAUGCUGCGCCGUAGAUCCAAGAGCUCGGUGGUGGCUCUGGAGUGGCUCAUACCGGAUAAGGCGCUUCUGGGCCGGCUAAGGUGCGGGGACUUCUCCCCGGUAGUGGUGGUAGAUGAGAGCAGCCCCUCCGUGGCCGAGCUAAGGCCAGAGAGCGUGGCCCAGAUGCUGCUCACCGCCCUGCACAACGAAGUUCAAACGCAGAUCUGCUUUCUACAAGGUGGAUUGGAGGGAUUUUCGGAGGCCUAUCCAGAGCUCUGUUACAGCUCAGCCUUCAAUCAGCUCUCUGCAGUGGAACCAGAGCCCAUGGUGACGGGUCGUAGAACACCAGCAUAUGAUCGGGAUGGUCCGGUCGAACUGCUCCCCUUCCUGUUUUUGGGCAGUGCCAUCCACUCCUCCCGCAGAGAGACCCUCGCAGCAGCUGGCAUCACUGCUGUGCUCAACGUUUCCUCCACAUGCCCGAACUUCUAUGAGGGGGAUUUUCAGUACCUGCAGCUCAUGGUGGAGGACAAUCUGGCUGCUGACAUCAGAGCCUGCUUCUCCACCGCCAUCGCUUUCAUUGACUCGGUGAAGCAGAGUGGUGGUCGGGUGCUGGUGCAUUGCCAGGCAGGUAUCUCCCGCUCUGCCACCAUUUGUCUGGCCUACCUCAUGCAUACGCAGCGUGUCAAGCUGGAAGAGGCCUUCGACUUUGUGAAGCAACGCCGUCAGGUCAUCUCCCCCAACCUGGCCUUCAUGGGACAGCUGCUACAGUUUGAAACUGAUGUGCUGUGCCAGGGAUGAAGACCUUUUACAUGACUGUUAUUUUAUAAUGAAUUCUCCCGCCUCCUGUAGGCAUUGACUCAGAGAAAUUCAUCAGGACAAUGUACAAACUGCUUGUACUAUUGACUAGUAUAAGAUUUUAAACUUUGUACAUUCAGAGAAAAGCUACUUGUGCUGCUGGCAUCACAAGGCUGGUGAACCUGGACUUUUACUUUGAAGAGAAACUGAGAAACAGCAGAUGGUAAUAUAAAUGUGUUUUGAACAAUUGCGAUUCUGAGCCAUUAAGUUGGAGAAGCUAUCAGGUGACUUACCCGGACAUUUUGUUACUCUUUAGGGGAUAGGGCCUGCUUGUCUAAGGUGUGUUUGUGUGUUUGUAUUGUGUUUAACUUAUGUUCCUGAUCUUAUACAAAGGCUGUCUUAUUUUUAUAUUCAUUCCUUCACAAUUACGACCACUCUGACAUCAUGACCUGUCUUUAAAUGAUAACACUGUGUUAACUACUUAAGGCAAUACUGGAAGACUCUCAAGUUUAUUUGUGAAAGUUAUAGAAAUGCACUAACUUCUGUUGGUUCUGUAUCCUGAGAUAUAUUAAACUUGAUGCACUCAUGCUAGAAGAUGUUUUUUUGUCAUGUAAAUCUUGUUUUGUUUUUUUAUAUUUCAGUAUUUGUCUGACAGUGUUAGAAUUAUUACUGUCUGUUACUGCACUUUAUGUUUGACUGAUACCUGCUGUUUUUUCCAAUAAAAUGAAAACAUGUUGGAGAAUAA